GUAGUGGCCAGAUAGCUCGAUCUAAAUACAUAGUACUCAGUAUUCAUCGCACAGUGCCUACAGCUUUUGAUUGACAUGGGUCCAACAUGGGAUCCAACAUGCAGAUGGAGGUCGGGAAAGCCCCAUGCGGGAGGGAAGGAGGUCUCCAUCGUCCGCUCAUCUACUCAGGUAUGGAGUUUAUACUUCCUGGAUCGAGAUUUGACAAUUUGACAGCCGUGGAGUCGAAGUGGGCAGCCUCUACCAUUGUUCCUCCCGCCCAUGAAGCCAGGAGCUCAGGUUCGAACAGGAUGCCACUCCACUUUCUCGCAAAUAUGAUAACUUUGAUAAGGUUUCGUGUCGCCCUACCUUACUCUAGUCUCUAGCUCAUGUGGAAUUGUGGAUGUGCCAUGAGGG